AUGGCCGCCACCGCCGCUGCCACCGCCCGGCGCGCCGCCGCGCCGCCCCCCGCCGUCGCGUCCGAGUCCGACGACGAUGAGUUUGUCGACGCGCGCGAGUCGCUCACGUCUCCCAGCACGUCCCUCGCCGGUCUCCCCGCGCAAAUCCCGCACAACUAUUCUCGCAUUGAGCCCCUGCCCUCGCCCAUCCCGCCGCUAGACAACGAGCUCUCCAUCUUCCGCCUGGCGCGCGAGGUCAUCAGCUCGGUCAAGCCGGGCGCAGACGUCACCAACAUCAACUUGCCGGCCUACAUCCUGGACCCCGUCUCCGCCCUCGAGAAGACGAAGAAGUCCAUGCAGCGCGGCGAGCUGCUGCAGGACAUCUCGGCCGCCCAGGACGCCCACACCCGGUUUCUCAACGUCCUGCGCUUCAACUUUUCGGGCCUGGCGAAGGAGAGGUUUGGCAAGAAACCUUACAACCCCGUCCUGGGAGAGGUCUAUAGAUGCUGCUUCCCGCAUAGGGGCGCCGCCGGCGAGACUUUGCUCGUCUCGGAACAGGUCUCCCAUCACCCCCCGAUCACCGCUUUGCAUUUGCGAAAUGACACCCUCGGCUUUCGCAUGAAUUCCUUCACCGCCCCGGAGCCCAGGUUUUGGGGAAACACCCUGGAAGUCAAGCUGCGCGGCGAGAUUCGCAUCGUCCUCACCAAAUUCGACAAUGAGGAGUACAUCAUCACGCGUCCUUACGUUUACAUGAGCGGCUUGUUCGCUGGCAAGCAGCGCCUCGAGUUUAACGGCUCCUCGUCUUUUUCUUGUCCCAAGAGUGGCCUCGGUGCCGAGAUUCACUACAAAACUCGCGGCCCGCUUGCCCUCCGUGGCGACAUCAAUGGCGUUACAGGUCGCAUUUUUAAACUCGCCAAUAAUGAGACCUUGCACACCAUGGAUGGUCAUUGGGACAAAAAAAUCAUGCUCAUGGAUGUGCGCACGAAUACCCAGAAGACUCUUUUUGACUACGAGGCCAUCAUUGCCGAAAAAUCUAUGGUUGCCGUCUUGCCCCCACCACACGAGGAGGAGAACUCCUUCAGCACUAGAGUCUGGGCGAAAUGCUCCGAGGCCAUCAAGACUGGUGACACCGCUGCGGCGAACGCAGAAAAGAGAAGAAUAGAGGAUCACCAACGCAAGCUCAGAAAAGAGCGAAAAGAGGCCGCCGUCCCAUGGCAAUGGCACUACUUUGUAAAACGAGAGGAUGUCCAGGAAGGCUACGACCUGCGCCCGGAUUUGGCACCUAACGGUUUGCUCAAAUUGUCGCUCACAGCCCAGGAGAUUGCCGGUUUGCGGUCAGGGAACAUUGUCAGGGAUAUGCAGAUUGAAAUGUUAGCCGAAAAUGAUAACCCAGAGCCCCGCAAGUUAGGCGGGGGACGAUUGAAGGUGUUUGGACGUGGACGGGGGAAGGUGUGACGUAGUGAUGUCGGGAUACAUUAUUGAUUUAAUCAAGGCUAACGCGAUACAGAGACAAGACUGAUUACGGCAACACGAAGGCUCAAAAGGGUCGAGAGACGUUCAAAGACAAAUGUUGGAUUCAUUGACGAGCCAGCCCUAUAUCGGUCACGGACGGCAAGGACAUCUCAGACUACUUACAACAGCAGUAUUUUGCAAUUUGACGAGGUACAACACUCUACAUCACGGUCCUAUCCUUCAAACAUGGGGAAGGGUUAACGCUCGGCAAGGGAACGAUACUUUAGCAAACAACAUAUUCUGCCGACCCACUCUACGCAGUGCGGUGGCAACUAAAUUAUUUUCAGAUGUCGUAAGAUGCUCCUAAA